CUCCACUUGAACUUUCAAGCUUCAUUUUGUGGCGCUCAAGGUGGGCAUGUGAAGCUUCAUCUGGCAUCUAGGAAAACUCAAUCUACAUGACUACCGACUGUAUAGAUGAUUAUUUAGAUCUUCUCACCUCUUCUAGUUGGAGCAGUAUUAUUAUCUCAGGAAUUGCCAGUUUCCUCCAUUGUACGUUGGUCUCACAACAUGGCAUUCACCUUGGCCAAGUAGAUGACUUCUCACGCAACAACAGGCCCACCCAAAUGCCAUUGUGUUUGUCGUAACCCGCGGCCCGGUCGCCAGUAUCUCAACUAGAUAUGGGUCACCAAGACCAAAACAACCCUGCGCCAAGGUGGUAAGCCUGACUCUUUUGAGGAACUAUUGGCUUUGUUUACGGAGACAUCCAGUCCAGCGCGUUUACAAUGGCAGUUCAAAUACUCCUCCACAUCCCGUGUCUCAUCACAACAGCCUUAUGCUCAAUCUAUGAGCGCGCAAUCUUCUGAUACCAUUCAGAAUGGAAACUCCUGCGCCCACCACCACGGGUGUCCUUACCCUCAACCCAUCCUGUCUCGCGACGACCAACCUAUGGGUGGAUGGACUUUGCACACUUCCCGCUUAUGGCGAUGGACGAUGCACUCGUUACAAUCUAGGCAAGGGUUGCCCCAUGAGGGCUGCUGGCGCCACCGGCUAUGAUGAAAGAAUUGCUUUCAGUGACUGCCCGGUUGGCAUGACCCCAGCCUGGUCGUUCACUGGAACAGAGUUGCAAGAUGUUUCCCUCGCCACCAGCUACUGCUGCCCGACCGGUUUUGACUUUUCUGUCUCAACCACCUCAUGGCCAGGCUCAGGGACCUUGCAAGCUACUUGCAUUGCCGAGUCGAUUGAGCGGCUUUCGGGUCAAACGCUCACUCUGAACCAGGAUACAUAUCGGGUAGAGACGUCUGGGAGAUCCACCAUCACCAUUCGUGCCACGACCACGACCGCGGCAUACGACUAUGACCAAGACAAGAUUUUUGCCCAAGCAGCGACCAUCUGGAAAUACAUCUACCCCGGUGCUGAGACGACAUCAACAUGCUAUGGCAUCGCUUGCAACCCAAGCAACCCCCUCCCACAACCCCCCGAGAAAACACCCCCUCCCUCCACCUUCACCUACACACCCCCUCCCCCCUUCCCAGCAACCCAAUUCACCCCCGACCCGUCCUGCCUCGCCGAGUCCAACUUCUGGCAAGUCUCAACCUACUGCUGGAUGUCCUGGCCCAACCCUUCCCCCGACUGGCUCCGCUGCACCCACACCGGCUUCGGCGAACCAAACACCUACCUCCACCCAGAAUGCUUCCCCUCCGCCACCGUAGCCCCCCAAUCCGCCGAGAACCCAGACAUCCAAACCUGGUACUCGGAAUGCCCGGUAGGCUACUCCGUCGCAAAAACCUUCACCUCGGGCCGCUUCGACCUCCCAACCUUCGUCUUCAGCGAGCCCUCCCCCACCAAAACCUACGACGUAACCGCCACGGGCCUAGCCUGCUGCCCCUCGGGUAAAUACCACUUCGAGUACCGCCGCGUCGAUACCUCCAUCACCUCCCACAACGGCAGGCGCGAGACCGUCUCCCUCUACAUCAUGCCCUCCUGCAUUGCCACCCGCGUCUCGGCUCUCUCGGGGAAGGGGAUAGCAAUGAAGGAGUGGUACAACACAGCCGUCUACGACAAGCGAGACUUGGGGGAGCGACAGGCUAACCACGACGCGGAAGCUACCAUCACCGAUGCGUGGAACAUGGAUAAUACCCUGUAUGCACAGGCGAUUCAUCUCGGCUACACCGUCUUUCGCGAUCAGUACACAUGCUACACCAACUGCGACGAGUAUUUUUACAAUUCCUUCAGGGAUGUCGUGCCAAAUACGUACAAGACUUGGAGCCCGCCAACGACGACGACUACUUCGACGAGUACUUCUGAUGGGUCGUCGUCUACUGGAGACGGUGGCGGUGAUAAUGGUGAUGGUGAGGGAGGGAAUGGGGAGGAGGUGGUGUCUACCAGCUCGACAGCUGGUGCUGCUGAGCAAGUGGGACGGUCGGGGAGUAUUAUCAUCACUUUGGUGACUGUGGUGACGGUAGUUAUGGGGUUGGGUGCUUGAAGAUGUGUGUAUGGGAAUGUGAUAUGGGAUAUGAAGAUACCCAGUGUGUAUAUGAUGGAUGAUGUAAUUACGAUGGAGGUUAUGUUGAUAUGGGCUUAUUUUGAGCCUUUACAGUUCCAAGAAACACCUUGUACGGCAACAGUGGGCAUCGAAAAGAAUUCAGUCCCGUUCUUCACAA